UGGCCGAUCCAGCCCAAUCCUUCAGUGGCCCGGCCCAUCCAGCGACGCCGCGACGCAAUUGCAAACGCAAACGCAAACGCAAACGCAAAGCCCGAGACCUCUCAUUGUCAUCAGCGAUUUCGCAAAGUUUUCUGCUCUCUCGUCGAUUGCUUGGUUGCGUUCGAUUGCCGGGAGCAUUGUCGUCGUGACCCAUUUCGUGGAGUUGGUGAGAUCGUUGUGUUUGUUGCGAUGAGGGACGACGAUGAGCGAGGCAUUAUGUGGAGGCUGCCCAAGCUUCAAACCAAGGAUUGGGGCAAGCUAGGCCCUGCGUUCGGCUAUGGUGUCGGUUGCGGUGUGGGUCUUGGCGCCGGCAUCGUUGGAGGGGCAGGAAUUGGCUUGGGUUUCCCUGGCUUGCAGGUCGGUUUCGGAGUAGGAGCAGGCUGUGGCGUGGGCGUUGGAUUUGGUUACGGAUUGGGCAAAGGUAGAGCUUAUGACGACAACGGCACUUACAGUAACGUGGGAAGGCUUCCUAAACGUUCACGUAGCAUUGCUGGCUCCAGUGGGGCUGAGAUCGGAGCUCUUCUGGACGACUUAGUCUCUGGUGUGAAGCGAGCUCUUGACUCCAUUCAGAACGAUGAUGGAAAGAGGCGCCGAUAAUCUGUAGCAUUUCUUUGUCACAUUUGUUCUUUUUAGUCGCAGCAGCGUUCACCUUCGUACAGGAUUUUAACAAGGCUGUAGAUUAACCGGGGGUGCUGCAUGUAGAACUAUAUGUCUUGGUGUACAUGAUCCUCAUGCAUGCGCAGAGCCACUUUAUUUUGUAAUGUACUGAUUUGACAUGGUCACUUGACAAUCUUUUUCAGCUAGUUGGUUUGAAUCAUGUUCAUUCAUUCUGCCUGUCGUGUUAACAUGCUUCAAUGUCGAACCAUUCUUUAAUUGA